AUGGGAAAGCGGGGCCAGAAGGCUGAAGAAGUCACCCCCGCUGGCGGCGAAAUUGAAGAGGACGAAGAAAAUGCGCGAUAUUUGGUUGUUGUCCAUGUCGGUCAUCUCAGUGGACAGUUUGAAGCGCUCGAAGUCGAAGCCUCCAAAGGCACGACGGCGGAAGAGAUCGUCCGGUGCGUUUGCGCGAAACUGGAGUUGCCCUGCGUGAUCGAAGCCGGUGCAGUCGGACACGUUCCUUGUUACGAGAUUGCAGAGGUCGUCUGCACUCGGAUCGGCCAAGAAUGCAAGGAAGUCCGAGAGCGUCGUCUGGCAUCACACGAGCUGCCUGUUGCGCUGCAAAUGCGGUGGCCGAAAGCUGGAAGCCAAGAAAACCGCUUUUGCCUGAAAGAACGGCAUAUAGAAGGAAUGUGGACGGAAUGCCUGAUGUCAGACCCUGCGCUUAUCAAAGACUACUUCUAUCGAUUCCUGUAUAAACGGGCAGAAAACAAAGAGUAUCCAGAUCUUUGUCAGCUGAGUGAUUUGAAUGAAGGGACAUUGCUGGAAAAUUUGCGGAUUCGUUUCCAAGCGGAGCGAAUCUAUACUUACGUGGGAUCCAUUCUCAUCGCCGUCAAUCCUUUCAAAUUCUUCCCGAUUUAUAAUCCAAAGUAUGUAAAAUUGUACCAAAAUCGAAGACUCGGAGAUCUGCCUCCGCAUAUUUUUGCGGUGGCGGAUGCAGCGUACCAUUCAAUGUUGGUCGAACGACGAAACCAAUGCAUAGUGAUUUCCGGAGAGUCCGGCUCCGGCAAGACGGAAUCUACCAAUUUCCUUCUGCACCACCUUACGGCGUUGUCAUCAAAAGGCAUCCACGGUUCAGGCGUGGAGCAAACGAUACUUGUCGCUGGUCCUGUUCUCGAAGCUUUUGGUAAUGCUAAAACACAACACAACAACAAUUCGAGUAGAUUCGGGAAAUUCAUUCAGGUGAAUUACAAGGAGAAUGGUCAAGUUCAUGGGGCCAUCGUUCAGAAAUAUUUACUUGAGAAAAGCCGGGUGUGUUUCCAGGCUCAAAAUGAGCGGAGCUAUCAUGUUUUCUACUACUUGUUGUCAGGCGCCACGCCAGAGGAGCGCGAGUCGUUGUAUCUGAUGGCCCCUGAAGAUUAUCACUACCUUGCGCAGAGCCAAUGCUACAAAAUUGAUGGUGUGGACGAGGCGCACGAGUUUCAGAGGCUCAAAGAGUCGAUGGAGAUGGUUGGAUUCCCGAAAGACCGACAGCAUAAACUGUUCUCUGUUCUUUCUGCUGUCCUUCUUCUCGGGAACGUUGAGUUUCAACCGCGGAAAGCCACUUAUCAUCACGACGAGUCUGUGACAGUGAAGAACCCGGAAUUGGUUAAAUCUAUUUCCAAGCUUUUAUCAGUUCACGAAGAAACUCUUCUGCAAGCAUUAACCUCUAAGAAGGCUCGUGCUUCGGGAGAAACUCUAGUCAUUGCCUAUAAAUUUCCAGAAGCUGUUGGCGCACGAGAUGCUUUGGCAAAGUGUCUCUAUGGUGCCUUGUUCGACUGGAUGGUCCUGUAUGUGAACCACGCGUUGCUGACGAAAUCUUCUAGAGAGCAUCAUGGCCAUUCUAUUGGGGUUCUCGAUAUUUUUGGCUUCGAGGAUUUCGGGAAUCAGAACAGUUUUGAACAAAUGUGCAUCAACUUCGCAAACGAGCAUCUUCAGUUUUAUUUCAAUCAGCACGUGUUCAAAUACGAACAGGAAGAAUAUGAGAGAGACGGUAUCCAAUGGGAGAACAUAACUUUCAAAGACAACACCGGCUGUUUACAGCUCUUCGAGGGUCGGCCAAACGGACUAAUGUGUUUGUUGGACGACAUGUGCAACUUUCCGGGGGCGACAAAUGAAAGAGUGUUACAAAAAUACAACACUGUGCACAAAGACUCGGAGUUCUACGAAGUUCCGGCAAAGAAAGAAAACGCUUUUAUUAUCUGCCACUACGCCGGUCGAGUCAAGUACCAGGUGUCGGAUUUCCGAGAGAAAAACCUGGAUUUGAUGCGGCAGGAUAUGAUCUCCGUCUUGAAAUCAUCCCGUCUGGCUUUUGUGCGGGAGCUUGUGGGGACCGACCCGGUCGCUAUUUUUCGUUGGGCCAUCUUGCGAGCAUUUUUUAGGGCUGUUUUUGCUUUUCAAGAAGCAGGAAAGCGUUAUCAAUCUCGUCCAGCGAGCCGAGUUAAACCGAAUCGAACCUCAUCCUUACAACAACUGAGACGGAACGGACAAUACUUCGCAAAUCGGAGGUAUCAGAUUUUGAUGGCCGACGGCCAGCCCAUGUCGCCGAAGAAACCGGAAAGAAGAGACUCCAACGUGGAAGAGCCUGUUUCGGAAGCUAUCGAACCUAGUUCCCACUUCCUUCAAAAAGUGCGUAUGUUCCGGAACCUGGAAGUGGAGGAACGACGGAAAAAACCAGACUCCCGACCACCUCUCAGCAGCUUGGAAAAUUGUGCUGGUAUUCCGCCGUCGCAGUACCAAAUGCUUGAAAGAGCGAAUGAAAUCAUGAUGAGGAGCAAAUUGCCGAGAGCACGAGGUUACAACAGGUCUCGCUCGGUGAAAAACCUCGAGAGCAUUAAGAAUCUGAUGACGAAUCGUGGACCCACAUCCGCAGUUGUGGAAAAGGCUGGAAGUCGACCGAAGAAGCAUGCCGCUACUGUAACCGCGCAGUUCCAGGCAUCAUUGAACACACUGAUGGUUGCUUUGAAUGAAGCCCAUCCGUUUUUCAUCCGUUGCAUCAAGUCGAAUGCUGAAAAGGUGCCGGGGAAAUUCGAUGAUACCAUUAUUCAGCGUCAGUUGCGGUAUACGGGCAUGUUGGAGACAGUUCGAAUUCGUCGCGCUGGUUACAACGUGCGGCUGACUUUUGAAGAUUUUAAACAUCACUACAGAAUUCUCCUCGUGAACGGUUUGCACAGCUCGAGAGAAGAUGUUGAAGAAUUCCUGCUCUCCGCGAAACUUGAUCCGGAUCACUAUCAAGUGGGAAUCACAAAAAUAUUUCUUCGGGAGAGCGAAAAGGAGAAAUUAGACUGUCGACUGCAUUUGGAAAUAAUCAAAAGAAUUGUGACAAUCCAGCGUUGGGUGCGAACGCGUAUCCAGCGUAAUAAUUUUUUACGUUUUCGAGAUGCUGCUGUAAGGAUUCAAGCUCAGUUCCGAUGCUGGUUGGCGCAGCGACUUUUGAGUCAGUUGAAGAAGCGCCGCUUGGCUGCAGUUUUUAUCCAAAGCUUUUGGCGCGGUUACCGCGUUCGGCGCUGGUAUCAAAGUCUUCGACAAUCUUGCAUCAGCUUCCAGGCAAUUGUCCGGGGCAAUUCGGUCCGAGAACGAGUACGACGAAUGAUGGAAGAUCGACGAAAACGUGGGUCCAGUUUCCGUGCGGAACCUGUGAGCAUGGGGGAGGAGAAGUAUGAAGAUGACUUGCGACAUGCAACUUGCGUUCGGGUCGAGUUCGAGUCUGAGUCGAGCGAUGUGAUCGCUGUCUGUGAUGAUGAUUUCGUGACCAGAAGGCGUAUGUCGAGGGAUGACCUGUCGAAGGAAAGCAGCCCUGGGGACGAAGUUGAUGAUGCCUUCUGGCUUGAGCGUCGACCGUCGAGGGAUGCCAUCUCUCAAGAAUUGAGUAGUGAGAACCUGGAAGUCAGCGAAUCAGAUUCGUGGCGAUUCGAAUCUUCGAUUACUGCGUGUGCACAGUCGACACAGCCGUUCUAUUCUCCAUAUUUUCCUGCUCCCACGCCUCCGUCGCCAAUCGUCGAAAGCCAACCCUCUUUGUACCCAACAUUGGAACGUGGGACUUCAGUCAGACUGAGAGAUAGCUCGGAUCGGUCGAAGGCAGAGCUUGAUAAAACUUCUCGAAGACGGAAACUGUUGUUACGUCGGAGCAAGAGCGUGAAAGCUGAAGCUGGAUCAAGGAAAUCUAGCUAUGAGGAGUCUUCAGAAACAACCCGCAGCUACGGCACUUUGAGAAAGCAUAGUGGGGGUCAAAGUGAGGUCACGCUUUCAUCUCCUCGUGGGGACAGUAUCCAGAGUGACGAUAUCCCUGUUAGAGUGCCUUCAACAUCGUCGUCAGUUAAUCAAGCAUUGAAAAUGGCGCGACGUCUUCAGCGGUUCAUCGUUGGGGGUGGGGGUUCGAAACGUGUUGAUAAGGAACCGCCGGAUCUGUACAGUGAUGCGGAGGACGGAUCUACUUACCCAGACUCUAGGUCGACAACACCGUCGGUGGGCAAGGUUAGCUUCCCCAAAUCGGAAGAGUUAUCCGUCGAAGAACGCCCGCGGAUGAGUGUUAGCAGUGCGCGGUACCAUCCGCCAGUUCAUUCCGCGUCGAGCACAUCGAUUUCAAACCUUGCUGCCACCUAUCUUCCGACGACGAGAUCGACUUACAUUCGAGCUCCCGGAGGAUCAUUGUCCAGCGAACCCGGGAUCAGCUAUUCAGUUCGCACGCGCACUGAAAGCGAAACGGCUCCACCUCGGGGUAUGUUCAGCCCACGAAGCUCUCUUCCUAUGGACAGCGCGGAAUCGAAGGAAUUACGUACCAGAGAGGAGCGCCGCGAAGAGCGAAAGAAAACCAUCGCAGCUCGGCAACGUCCCCGUAAUGGUAGCCUAGGGGAGGAAAAUCUAAAAGCAGCCCUGGAGCGCCAAUCGGAUAAGGGCAGCGUUCGGCGUGGGAGCGGGAGUGUUUUGGAGUGCCCUGUUCCAGUAUCGAGUGAGCUUUGCCCAAUGGUAGAACGUUCUCCGGUGCCGGGAGACUGGAUUUCUCGUCCCACCCGCGAACGACUUGUAGGUGAUCUUCCUCCCGUGAGAAUCGACGUGGGACCCAAGCAUUCACUCACCCGUCAAGAGCACAAAUUUCAGAAGGGGGAAAUUUGUGCUUCUUGUCAGAAAACCAUCUCAAUCUUCGUGCAAACGUACAAGUGUUCGUGCUGCCAAUCAGUGUUCCACUCCAAAUGCCGGGAUGACGCGAAAAAAGCCGUGUGUCAUCGAGGGCUACGUAGCACCGGAAUGUAUCCACUCCCAGUGUCGGAAGUGAGCGAUGAACCAAUGGGCGCGUCGCCGGCCGUAACAAAUCUCAGUCUGGGCCGCAAACUUCGUAAGCCUUCCAUUAAAGGUCCAGAUAAAUCUACCGGUUGGAAUUUAACCGGUACAUCGGAGUUCACCGAUCGCGUCGAUGAAAUCAUUCCCGGUGUCGCCGAGCUUCGAAAAAUGGAGGAGUUUCUUUCGAGAAAAAUUUGUGAAGUUUCGAUGAAGGACGCAGAACGGAAAUCGUCUGGUGGCGUCGCCGAUCAAGUGUUCAAGGAUGCACUUGUGCAGUUCAAUUCUCACCUGAUGCAGACGUAUUCAGCGGUCGAAAGCAGUCUUCACAUUCAAUACCGACACUUGAUUCGAAUGUUCGAAGAUGUGUUGAAAAAGACCUACAAGGAAGUCAGCGGGAAAGAAGAAGCAGAUUUCGAGGAUUUCCCGGUGACAAUGGCGGUAAACGCGUUCCGUGGUUUCCUUGACGAGUUUCAGCUGAUGCUUCGGGAAGAGGAGCGUGACAGCAAAAAGAAGCGGAGAGGCACUCCUGCAGAUAAAGACCGCGCUGUGGAAAAGCGUGACGAGGCGAAACGGAACCGUCGUCGCCGACUGAUUGACGAAGAUCCUAUCUGUCAGGGCAAGCACUUCUUGGAUAAAGUAGACAUCAACGUUCCGACAGCCUGUGAAGUUUGCAGUAACUUCAUGUGGAUGCGUGAAAAAUCGCUUCUUUGUCGAGGUUGCAAGUUGACUUGUCACAUGAAGUGCUUGUGCAAAAUCCCAAACGAAUGUCAGAAGAAUGGCGGAUUAUUUCAGCGUAGAAAACCGGAAGCUGUGGAAGUGUCUAAAAGUCGAUUGUUUGGACGCCCGUUGUGUCAGUUGGUACAACAUGGUCAGAAAAUCCCGCCCGUCAUCGACAAGCUCAUCACCGCGAUCGAAGUUCAUGGAAUUUUUUCCGAAGGCAUUUAUCGUAAAUCAGGUGCCGCCUCUCAGAAACGGAAGGUUCGUAGUUUAUUGGAAAAGGAAGGAGAAAAGGCUGACCUCAACAGCAGUAAUCCGCAUGCUUUGGCGUCCGUUUUCAAAGAAUUUCUGAGAGAAUUGCCUGAGCCAUUGCUCACUUUCGACGCCUAUCAAGAUUUCAUCCUCGCUUCUGAAAUUCACGACCAUGUGGAUAAAGUAAACGCUAUAUUCCAGACGAUUCACAACAAGCUACCGAGAGAAAAUUUCCAGUUGCUCGAGCGACUCAUUUAUCAUCUCGCUCGCGUCGCAAUGCAAGAAGAUUCCAAUAGAAUGAACGCGAAUGCCCUAGCAAUUGUAUUCGCACCUUGCAUACUACGUACGGGUGAAGACGAGCAAGCUCAAGAUGCGUUGAAGGCCGUUGGACGUCAAACCAGCUGCGUGCAGAUCAUUAUUGAACAGCAAAUGAAGAAGAUCACGACCACUUUAGCGGAUUAUAAAGUACUGGAUUCUGCUUGUCAAAGUGCGCUUGCCUCUGGAUCAUCCUCCGGACCGCAGCAAGCAAUGAUUCCACUUCUUGAAGCUGGGAAAGCUCAGUUGGCCGACUAUUUGCCUUCUCUUCCGGUGGGAGUGGGAGAUUCCAGUCAAGGAAUGGAAGAGGAUGAAUUUGAUUUCCUUACAUCAGCCAAUAUUUCGCGAUCUGGUUCGUUGGACGACUUGGAUGCCUCAUCAGAUAGUGUCCUCCGCCAUUUUGAGAGUUCUGGAGAAGAUGGGCAGAUCCGGAAUGGCGAAGAGAAUCAUGGGAACCGAUCACAGUCGGCGAGGAGAUCUGCCGACGCCGCCUCAGGCGCUCUCCAACUUCCACUGGCCCGACGACUUGUGAUAAAAACCAUGAGCUCGCCGGACAGUAAACCAGAUCGCUCUUUCGCGUCGAAAACGUUUGAGGACGACGCGAUUUUUGUGUGAAGAACUACUGCAACGAACGUAGUGACGUCCGUUUCUAAUGAUUGCCUCAUGCGGCGAGACCAAGCGUGACGUUCUCUCCUAUGACGCACGUGGACAUCGAUUGAUUGUAGGUUAUAUUUUUUAUGUGUUGAUAGCGUGAUGGACUACCUGUUCCAAGAAUGUUUUCCUUCGUGAUGGCGCCGCGCGUGCCCAAACGCUAUGGCGAUGUUCAGUGCUCCGUGGGAGCGAAGUUUUUUUUAUCUCAUAGAUCUGCUUGGCUGAAUUUAAGUGGUUUGCAUUUUUUCGCGCUUUAUUGAUUGCUGUACAACGGUGCUGAGUAUCAGCUGACAUCGCAAUGCUCAAAAAAAAAAAGGCGAAGACGAAGCUUAAACUUGCGGUCGAUCAGCAAACGGUCGAAUCCAGCCCGGCUCUCUUCCGUUCGAUUGCUCCUCCAGUCAGUGUGAUCACAGAGAAUUUUACACGAGAUACUUAUCCGACUCGUUGACCUGAGGAAACUGUGGUCUUGCAUGUGGAAGGUGUGCUUCCAUGGCAGCCACCCCUGCCCGCGCAAUUUUAUAUUUCCACCGGAACACGUGGUGAGUUGCAAGUGUGAUAAGGAUUAUUUUUCAACAAGGGAUUGUUUCGAAAGAGAUGGAGAAAUACGGUGAUAAGCUACUCUUCCUAAACUAUGGUGUUGCUGAGCCGGUUGAUACCGUUAUUUUUUCAAGCCGAGCUCCGCAUUUCUCGUUGAUUUGUUUUCAUGAACCCGUGUUGAUAGCUCCGACAGUGUUAGGCGAGUUAAUCGCGUUCAUGGGCUUGUGUGAAUGUAAUUUAACCGAACAGUUGGUGCUAAUGCAAUUGGUUUUCAGUGAAUCUGAUGCUGCCCCGAUUCAUACGUACAAUCGGCUUAAAUCCCGCGCUGUUUUUUGUUUUUGUUUUUUGCAUGAAACGUCUGUUUUCAUCAGUAUAAGUAUGUACACGAGUUGUGGCACUGUAUUUUCCCUGAUCAAAGUUCUUGAAUGUGCCCACCGUACGAUCUGUUAGCCGGGACGUGCGAAGUUCCUGAAUUUAUAAUGAAAUUUAUUUGUCCAGUGUUCUGCCUCCGCAAAUAAAAGAAGAAAAUUCGGCAUUGA